AUGGAUAUACGCAGUAGACAACGUCUACUUAUUAUACAUGACAUGAUGUACAAUUUGAGAGGGAACCAUAAGACAAUAAUAUCAAGCGGAAGUAUGGCAGAAGGACUGGAUUUACCCGGUAGUGACAUAGAUGCUAUGUGCCUCUUCAAUGAUGUAGACGUGAUUGAAAGUAAACGGAAUAUCAAACAUCCAAUACAAAAUACUACAUUGUUAAUGGAGUCAGAUAUCGAAAAUCCAGGAUUUACCAGACUUAGAUUGAUAGCAGUAAGGGAAAACAAAACUAUUAUCAAAUUAUCUGAAUGCUGUGAAAAUACUUCUACUGGCGAAUAUGUUUCAGUGAAUAAAUUUCUUCAUAUAGUUGAGCAAAGUGUAACAUAUUUUACAGGUUCUCAACUAUCUUCACACGGCCCUUGCUUUUCAGAUACAGAUCAGCAUUAUGAUCUUGCAUUUUGUUUACGAAGUAAACGUUUUCCUAAUAUUGCAAUUCCGUGGGUAAGGCGUCAUCGACGACAAUGGCCCCCCAAUGUUGUAAUUGACAAAAUAGUAAAAUAUGGAUGUCUUUUAGUUGCUAUAGGACCGAGGACUAUUUCAGAUACUACUUUAUUAUGGAGAUUGUCUUUCUCAAUGGCAGAAAAACAACUUUCACAUUCAUUUAAUUACACUCAAUUCUUAUGUUAUGGUCUUCUGAAAUUAACUUUAAAGCGUAUCAUUAACAAACAUGAGGAUGUCAAAGAUUUAUUGUGUUCUUAUUUUCUUAAGACAGCUUUAUUCUGGAUCUCAGAGGAAGUGGACUUUGAAACAUUUCAAUUAAGUAGAUUGUUUCAUUGCUUUUUUCUAUGUCUUGAUAAACUAAUAGUAUGGAUAAACAAGUGUUACUGUCCUAACUACUUUAUACCUCAACAUAACAUGUUCCUGGGGAAAAUUGACCAAAGUAACAAUACAAAUCUUCAGAAUGUACUAGGUAGUAUAAAGAGUGGUGGAAUUGAUGGAUUGAUACAUAUUCUAUUUCCGCCUGAGAGUGGUUAUCAUCCUUUAUUAAGAACAGAGUUAGACAUCUUUGUUUUCAAGACUUGUUUAUGCCCAACUACCACCGAAUGCCGUUCUCAUACUGACUUGUUACUGCAAUUUGCUCAAUCUUUACAAAUUCAAGAAUCUUCAACAAUUGUUAUUGAUAUAUGUAAAUUUUAUUAUGGUUUUAUCAGUCAAUAUGCAGCACAAUUACUACCACCACCAACUAGAACAAGUAAAUCUAACAACAUACACACACUGUAUCAUAGACAUUUACAAGAGGGUGUCAUGACAGAUGCUGUGUCAGGUUGGUUGUUGUAUGCGUCGUAUUUUUAUGUGAUAGGAAAGUACAAUGUAACACUCAGAAUUACCGAGUAUGUUCUAUCGAGAUGUAAACACGGUAUGUUGUAUUUAGACAGUCAUUUAUUUGAGGAAGAUCAAAUAAAAAGAUAUAGACAAAAUGUGCAUUCCAAAUUAAGACUAAGGGAUAAGCUAAAGUUAGCAACUGUGCGAGAUGUUACAUAUAUCUGUCAUUCAUCAUUAAUACCAGAAGAACUACAGUUGGAAGUGGAGGAAACUCACAUUUGUUUACCGCCGAUUGUUUUGUCGCGCUGUCUUAGAUUUUUAUGUCAUCAUCAUCUUGGUAAUAUUUUCAACAGACAACUUGAAUUGCAUAACUUAUUUCUUACAGCUAAAUAUAAACAUUUCGUGUCAUCACAGAAAACUUCUGAUUCAUUAACAGUACUUGGAAGAUGUUAUGAGAUAUCAGGAGAUAAGCUCACAGCCUUGCAAUGGUAUCAAGAGGCUGUGCAAUGUGAAGGAGAUGAAUGUUUUACUGCAAAAGCAAGAAGAAAAAUAAUUUUAUCGAACCAUUUUUAUAAGAUUGUAUUUCAACUGUUCGCCUCUUUUGAAUUGAUGAUAUGGUAUGCAAUUACCGCAAAUUGGGCUUUGUUAGUUGCAGUUUUAUUUUUGUUUAUGUUGGUAACAGUUUAA